AUGGAUCCACCAUCGAUAGGUAAUAUAAUUUUGACUUCCUCUAGUACUAGCGGAGAUCAUUGUGAUUGAUAUUGAUUGCAUUAGCAGCAACGAGGUGAAGUGAUUAUUUCAGCAGGGCACACUGGGUCUGAGUACUGAACCCCAUUUGAUUUGUUAUCGAGAGUUAUACCGUCGUGUAAUAAUUAUUUCAGCAUGUUGGAGUCCUUCACAUUAUUUUGUGCGUUGUUCAUUUUCUCAUAGAGUUUUUUUGUGCUCCUGUUUUCUCCCUCCUUUUGCACGGAUCGAUGAGAGAUUUUGGUUUUCAGACUGAGCUGAACGAAUUCAUUCGACACAAGAGCUCCUGCUUUUUUAUUCUAUCCACCACAACCACAACCACUAGCACUGAAUGAAUCUUCAAAUAACCUCGUUAACCUUAGAUAGUCGAAAAAAGUAUUUCACGCUUGAGAUGAAUCUUGUUCAAAUAGAUCAAAAACUCGUCACUGUCAUAUUAACAACUGUUCAUCAGAUACUCCCACGCUCUCUGGUCCCACAAGUAUCUUCUUGCAGUGGAACAUCACCGCUGACACCAUGCGAGGCAUCAGCCCCAAGGGCUUUGCGGUGUACCGAGACGAGGGCCACUUAAACUCUACUUUAUGGGGAACAGGAUCAUCAACCCAUCUUUUAAAAAGCCAUCUUUAUCUUGGCAGUUCUCUCUUGGAAUAAGGGCCUCGUCCAUGAAGAUGAUAGAGAUGGGUCGUUAGAAGUACCUCUAACUACUCCUGUGGACUUUGCGAAUCUUAGAGCUAUUGACCUGGCAGGCAGCCUAGAGGAUGGGGUCACAGUUCCCGAUCCCGCUUGUACAGCGCAGGCCUUUGAUGGCGCUUGUUAUCCGGAAUUACCAAGCUGGGACACAAGAAGCUGCGUGCACAAGCCAGUAUAUGACGUGGCGCAUUCGAGAAACUGCACGAUAACAGGCCUGGAGCCGAAUACAUACUACAGGUAUAUUCAUUACACCAGGAAUUCUAGUUCUUGAAUUUAAAUGAAGGUUUUUGAACUUGAUAUUGUCGUGUUGAAUUUGAAAACUAAAACAUGUUCUUCGGAUGAAUGCAAAACACAUGCUCCUCGGACGGAUGAAUGUGACAUUUACAAACUUAUAUUGCCGAAUAGAUUCAAUUCAUCCAGAACGUUCAUUAAUCACCGUAAAAUCUAAGUACAAGUCAGAACCCACAACCCCACCCCUUCUUCAUCCGCAACAGGUUCCGUAUCGCUGCCAUCAACGUGCUUGGUCGUGGUCCAGUGUCCAAUGACGUGGUCCUCAAAACUGGUUCGGUCGGAAACGUUUUCAAUACCAUCCCUCAGUUCGAGGCUGCUGAGAGUGGCAUGCGCACCAUGUUCACAGCGGGAAUGCCUCUGACAUUAAGGCUUGAUGUUCACCUGCUACAACAUCUUUUUCUUUGAAAGACAAACAUGGCCUGCUACAACAUCUUUUUCUCAAGAACAUCUUUAGUUACUUUUUCUAUGAAAGACACACAUGGGGAAAUAAGGGGCCUGCAGCCUUUCAUGGGGAUGUUGUAGCUCAGUGAGCUCUAAUGAGCGAUAGAACGAACGAGACGUCGCCUUCUGUAACCUUUGGCUGGACCCAACCGCCACAAGAGGACGGAGACUUCAUCUUCAAUUACAAGGUACUUCAACUUCUUCCUAGAAGUUGUAGCACAUGAAGAGUUCUUAAAAGUUGUUCUUGCUUUUACUAGAAGAAGAAGCUGUAGCACUUAUUGGCGGGAAGUUGAAUUGAGAAUUUGCAACUGAGUGUCGCCAUAAUUUCCUGCUUCCGCUUCUCGUUCUGGUGCUGGUCACCCGAAAUUUGAAUGACAUGCACUUCUGCUCAUACUCUCAUGCAUGCAUAUCACUCUCAUCCCCAUAAUGAUCCUGUAACCAUAACAUACCAACCAGGCUCUUCUCACUUAUGUCCCGGACACGUCCAACCCCUUGCCGGAUGACCCGACAGCCAGUACGUUUCUCUAUGCCGCUAACGGUACCUUGGAGAACCCGUUGCCUCUAUCUGUGCGCUCUCUCACAAUCCGUGCUUCCGACUCUCCUGAAGCCGAGGCCUUCCUGAAACCGCGGAGACAGUACACCUUCCAGCUUCUAGCUGAGUCAGAGCUCGGCUUGUCGGAACCGACAGUCAGCAGUGAUGCUGGCUAUCUGGUGGCAAAGCCGUUACCGGUGUUGAGCUUCAGACAAGAUGUGAGUAAGGGCUUUCAAGGUGCGGUCGUGCACGUUGCGUGGGACUCGAUCAUAGACUUGAGCUAUGCGGCAACGGCGUCGACGUAUGUGACGAAUUACACAGAAACAGCGCCGCCAGGGUGGACACCGCCAACCAGGAUGUUGAUGGGCAACAUGGAUGACGGAAGAAUAGAUGAUAUGGACUUGAAGAAGGGUCUUGCAGGUGGUCCAGCGUUUAUUGGAGCAGAAGUAGCCAGACAAAGGACAAGUUAUAGUAAACAUUCAUCUUCUGUAGACGCCAAUAUCAUCAGUAUCAAAGACGAGGAUCAGGAAUACAGGACACUUCUCGCUAGUGGGAAGAGAGACCUCUUGAGCGCAGCAUAUUUCGAGGACCAAAUCGGCACAGCCUCUAGUUCGGCUGCGAUGUUGCGACAGGGAGUAGAACUAGACACGGAGCAAGCGCCAGAGCCUGCAGGGGAUGGUACGGAUAAUGACCCGAAUGCACCUCGGGUCUGGGCCGUACGUGAUGAGGCGAGCGGAGUGUAUGUGGAAGUUGAUAAACCUGGGGCAACAAUAAGAGUAGCUACAGAUGAGGUCAACAAACAAAAGCAAAAAUUAGUGGAACUAGAAGAAGAACAAGAACAGGCGAAAGCUGCAAUAGUUAUUGGCGACGAGGACGAUACUAUCACAAGUAGUACCACGUCACCAUCAAAAAUAGGUUCAGGACCUGCAUCUUCUGACGUCCUGGACGCUUCUGCUGGACCUGUGUCUUCUGACGUCCACGACCUUGAUUCUUCUGUCUCUUCCAAGGACAUCAGCAUGAGCCCCUUCACACCUCCGCAUUUACGCUUCUUGUCUGCUAAUGCAAGUAAUGGCACAUCAGGGUCUGGCACUAGUGCGACGCAGAUUCUCGCAAUCUGUAUCGGAGAAGACCCCGCCAACACGACCAUCAUGAACUGCACCACCACCACAACGCCACCUCCUACUAUUAAGGCCCCAAGAAAUCCAUCUUCCCCAGCAACAUCUUAGCCCCGUUGGUUGAUUUAUUUCAAAGGAAAAAUAUAGGGCACCAAGUAAGAUGAAUCCGAAGAUGAAUUUCUCUGAGUUCUAAUACUAGCUCAACCACCACCACGACGCCGCCACUAGACAUCUAUUUCUCGUCCGAGACUGGCGGCGACUAUUUCCGCAACACGUUCUAUGAAAUCUGGGCCCGCGAGGUCUUCAAUGACGGCACCCUAUACCGCACAACCAGCGAAGGCGUCACUGGCGACUUCAUUUUGCGAUACAAGGAACCGAUUCUAGUCGGUAGUACCACGUCGAUUAUGACCAACAGUGACAAUCCAGGUGCCCUGAUGGAAUUGAAAAUACGGACAAGCAACAACAACGGCGCAUCGGAGUUCAGCAAGCCAGUGAUGAUCUACAGUGGGGAGCUGUGUCCGCCAGUACAGAAUCUCAAGUUGCUAGAGGAGGAUCCAGAGUUUGUCACAGUCAACUGGGAUCCACCGGUAUCGACAGGAUAUGCACCGUUUGUGCUGCACUAUGAAGCGGUCUUUGACAGUGUGGAUCCGUCGACCCUGUUUGCUGCUAAUUCAGGAGGUAACUCAACGAGCAGCAGUUCUUCUUCUGCCACUUCCUAUAGUACAGGCACUGCAGCAACUAUGACUUCUGCUUCGUCCUACAGGAUAGGAACGACUGAAAUUGUGACGGGACAAGGCAUUCCGCGAUCGGCUAACGCAGUGGUGGAGUUGCGGGACAACUUUAACCUGUACUGGGAUAUCAACAAGGCGGCUUUGAGAGCCCUCAACAGUCCCAAGAUGUGGUAUACGAUCACGCCAGUAACGCACGUCGGAAAGGGGGUGCCGGUCACGGUGUUGGGAGAGGUCGUCCUGUAG